GGCAUCAUAACGUGCUGCAAUUUCAUGACGUCAAUUUUAUCCGACGCAGAAUUCAGGUCGUGUUUGGAGCAUCGCAUCGGGCAUAUUGCACACGUACGUGCGGCAGGAGGAUGAACCUCACACCUGGCUGGCUGCUGCUCCUGUCCGUCUCCGCCGGGGUCUGGUCCGUGCCUCUCGAUCGCAACGCAGACCACCGGGAAGCCAAAGCGGAGGAGGAGAACGUGGACACCGGCCUGUACUACGACAGGUACCUCAGAGAGGUGAUCGAGGUUUUGGAGACGGACCCUCACUUCAGAGAGAAACUGCAAACGGCCAACACGGAGGACAUCAAGAACGGCCGUCUCAGCAAAGAGCUGGACCUGGUCGGUCACCACGUGAGGACUCGCCUGGAUGAGCUGAAGCGGCAGGAGGUCUCUCGCCUCCGGAUGCUGCUCAAGGCCAAACUGGACAGCACCAACACGCAGAGCCUGCAGAUGGACCACGCCUCCCUGCUGAAGCAGUUCGAACAUCUGGAUCCCCACAAUCAAAACACAUUCGAGGCCAAAGACCUCGAGCUGCUAAUCACGACGGCCACCAAGGACCUGGAGAACUACGACGCCGAGAGACACGAGGAGUUCAAGCGCUACGAGAUGCUGAAGGAGCACGAGAGGCGCGAGUACCUGAAGGGCCUGGACCAGGAGAAGAGGGAGCGAGAGGAGAAGAGGAUGCAGGAGCUCAAGGACAAACACCGGCAGCACCCCAAAGUCAACGCCCCGGGUAGUGUGGCUCAGCUACGGGAAGUUUGGGAGGAGACGGACGGACUGGAUCCUCAGGAGUUCAACCCCAAAACGUUUUUUAAGCUGCACGACACGAAUGAAGACGGUGUGUUGGAUGAGCAGGAGUUGGAGGCUCUCUUCACGAAAGAGCUGGAGAAAGUCUACAACGCCAAGAACGAGGAGGACGAUAUGAUGGAGAUGGAGGAGGAGCGGCUGAGGAUGAGGGAGCACGUGAUGAAGAAUGUGGACGCGAACGAAGAUCGUCUCGUCACGCUGGAGGAGUUCCUCAAAUCCACGGAGAAGAAGGAGUUCAGUAAUCCCAAAGAGUGGGAGACUCUGGAAACCAGCCCGCUGUACACGGAGGAGGAGCUGCAGCGGUUCGAGGUCGACCUCCGGGACCGAGAGGAGGAGCUGAAGAGGAAGGCGGAGAAUCUGCGUCAGCAGCAGGAGCUGCUGAAGGAGAGAGGCAAAGCCCUGGAGGCCCAGAGGAGAGAGUACCAGCAGGCCGUGUUAGAAAUGUCCCAGAGACAGAAGGAGCAGCAGGCGGCGGACGGGCAGCCUCCCGCGGGUCCUAAUGGAGAACUGCAGUUCCAACCAGCGGUGCAAAAAGUGGAAGGUAAAGCCGAACACCCGGCCGAGGCCCAGAACAACCUGCCUGCAGAGCCUCCACAGAAUCUGCCUAUACACACUUAGUGCAGCACGCCUUCACAACCCACACACACACACACACUCACACCCACGCACACACACGCAUGCACGCACACACACAUGUGAUUUGCACUGACACACAUAUGCAGAUGGGUUCCACAAGCUGAAUAACGGGGUGUAUAUUCAGACUGAAUUGGCUCGUGAAUCCUGACAUUGUACUGUGUGUUCAUCUCUGUGGUUAGAUUCCAAGAUAUCAAAACAACAUAUAUAUAUAUGUAUAUGUGUGUCUCUCUUCAGGUUUCAGUGACGUUUUCAUUCAUGCUGGGUCUUCAGUGUAAAAUCCUCAACAUCUUUAAAUAAAGACUUAAUUUAAAAUCCUCUAAACCAAA